AUGGCUAAUGUAACGAGUAAUUCAAUGAACAUUCAGUCUCAACUUGACAAAAUGACGAAACAGGAAGAACAUGAAUUAUGGAUAUUGGAAGAAGAGCUCUUCACGGAAAGUAGCAGUGAUGAAGAAUACAAAACGCAUAGGAAAGAAAACUUUGAAAAUCAAUCCGAAACUCCAAGAACGGAACGCCUCCCUAAAAUAAAAUCGGCUUCGCAGAGCUCAGAUCGCUCGAACGAGAAAGAAAACAGGAAAAUCUCGUGGAAAGCAGAAAGAGAAGUGUUAUACGACAAUGAGGAAUUAUUUGAGGACGAAUGGCAAGACGACACGGAUAUCUCGAGCAUUGAUACAGAGGAACAGUGCCUAAAAAAGGAAAUUUCCGAAGUGAAAAAUCUUGAUAACAUUAUACGCACGAUGAAUAUCAGAGUAAAGGUAAACUGUUUCCUCGGACAAACUUCAGUUUUGAUAGAUGUACAUUUACAUUUGUCGCAGAGAGCGUGUGAAGAGACUUUGUUUCAUCAGUACGAAAACCGAAAGCGACUCGAGCAAAUUUUAGGCUCGAACCCAUCCGAAUCUGGCAAAUUAGCCGAGAAUACACAACAGUUCAUUCAGCUAUGCCCAAAAUAUACAAAGUUAAAUGCAGAGCGCAGUGAAACUAGUGAAUCGGACGUAUCAAUCGAAGGAAAUGAAUCUAAGAAAGAUGAGAAAGAAAAUGUUACGAAUUCUUCAAGUAGUGAUAGCGAAGUGAAGGAUGAUUGGGAAUUUAUUGAUACCGAUGAUUGUGUUGAAAGUACGAAUGAUCCAGUGGAGGAUUCUGAUCCAAAUCCAUACAUGCUGAGUGAAGAAAUAAAAGAAAUGUUCUCAGAAGUGGAGAAGGGCAUAAUUACGGUCGCACUGAAUUUUAUAGAUAACAUAGAAAGGCAGGCUCAAGUCAAAGAUUAAAUUAUAUUCAAUUAA